AUGCCUGGACAUCUUGGUCAGAAAAUCAUUAAUGCCUUGGGAGGCCACUCACAUAAUGACGGCCCACGACAGCCUUUCCAACAUCGUGCGGCAGUGAACAACGAUGAGCGCCCACUAUCCUCCCACCCAAAUAGAGGCACCUACCCCCGCCUCGCCCGCCUCUCCGAUGGAUCAAUUCUAUCCUCAUUCACCCGGUUCCCAGAUGGCAAGCGUGCUCUCUGCGUCGCCCGCAGCACUGAUAACGGUCGCACCUUCGAGAAUCUCUCCGAGGUGACACGCGCAGCAGGAGAUGUGGAUAACAUGUUCUUGCUCGAGGUCGCUCCAGGCGUUGUAUUGGCAGCUUUCCGCAAUCAUGACGUAGGACCACACGGCCCUACACACUUUCGUAUCACAGUAUGCAGGUCCCAGGAUGGAGGUCGAACGUGGCAAUUCGCAUCGCAGGCAGCCGAGAAAGGAGCCCCACUUGGUAUAUGGGAACCCUUCAUGCGACUUGGUAAACGGGGAGAAGUGCAGCUCACUUACUCGCAAGAGUUCGCACAUAACAACCAGUGUACAAUGCUUGUUACCUCGAACGACCAGGGAAGUACCUGGAGUCGCGCUGUCUGCUUGCACGGUGAAAACGAUCCCUUGCGCGAUGGCAUGAAUGGUAUCGCGACCACUUUCGACAAUGGCCGGGAGGCGCUCGUUAUGAUCUUCGAGACUACGAGGCACGGUCCGUUUAAUAUUGAGGCACUGGUGUCGUAUGAUGAUGGAGCUUCUUGGCACAAUCGUCAUGAGGUAUUCCGGCCGAAGCCUGGACAUAAUGCGGGAUCGCCGCAGAUUACAUCUUUUGCGGACGGCUCUAUGGUUGUUGUUUUCAUGACUGAUGAAGAUUCGCCGAAGGUCGAAUGGGUUAAAAAUGCUUCGAUUAAGGCUGUUUUUGCUGGGCCUCCGCAGAAUGGGCAGAUCCGAUGGAGUGAAGCUAGUGUUAUCUCGCCGUCUUCGAGCUUUUGGCCUGGUGUAAUGGCCAUUGAUCAGCAUACUGCUUUGGUUACUUAUGACAGAGGUGGUCCUUUGGCAAAGACAGUCACCUGGCACCCAUAG